AUGAAGCCAAACGCUGGAGUUUUUCUUUCUUUCUGUUUGCGUACAAGAAGUUCACAUAAAAAAAUAUCUUUUGGUUUUCCUACAAAAAAUAAGUUAAUCCACAAUGUCAAUGGCGGAGGUUCGAGCUCUUCUUCUUCUAUUUCUACUUUUUCUUCUUCUUCUCUUCUUUUCUUCUUCAUCUUCUCCUUUUUCUCUUUCUUCUUCUUCUUCGUUUUCUUUCUUCUUCUCUUUCUUCUUCUUCUUUUCUUUCUACUCUCCUCUUUCUUUUUCUUCUUCUUCUCUUCCUUUCUUCUUCAUCUUCUCCUUUUUUUCUUUCUUCUUCUCUUUCUUCUUCACUUUCUUCUUCUUUUCUUUCUUCUCUCCUCUUUCUGUUUCUUGUUCUUCUUCUUGUUCUUCUUCCUCUUUUGUUCUUCAUCUUUUCCUUUUUCUGUUUCAUCUUCUUCUUCUUCAUCUUCUUCUUCUGUUUCUUCUUCUUCUCAUUUUUCUGUUUCUUCUUCUUCUGUUUCUUAUUCUUCUUCUUCUUCUUCUUUUAUUUCUUCUUCGUCUUCUUUUCUUUCUUCUUCUUCUGUUUCUUCUUCUUCUUCUUCUCAUUUUUCUGUUUCUUCUUCUUCUCUUCUUCUUCUCUUUCUUUCUUUCUCCUUCGUUUUCUUAUUCUCUUUCUUUUUCUUCUUCUCCCUCUUUUUCUGUUUCUUCUUCUGUUUCUUCUUCUUCUUCUUCUCCUCUUUCUUCUUUUUUCUUUCUUUCUUUCUUUCUUUCUUUCUUCUUUUUUCUUUCUUUCUUUCUUUCUUCUUGUUCUUCUUAUUCUUCUUCUUCUUUCUUUUUUCCUCUUCUUCUUCUUCUUCUUCUUCUUUUCCUCUCUUCUUCUUCAUUUUUCUUAUCAUUAUUCUUAUUCUUCCUCUUCUUCUUCCUCCUCUUCUUUCUCUUUCUUUUCUUCUUCUUCUUUCCUCCUCUUCAUCUUCCCUCCUCUUCUUCUUCUUCCUUUUUCUUCUUAUUAUUCUUAUUAUUAUUAUUCAUUCUUCUUCUUUAUUUUUCUUCUUCUUCUUCUUAUUAUUAUUAUUAUUAUUAUUCCUCUUCUUCUUCUUUCUCUUCCUCUUAUUCUUCUUUUCCUUCUUCUUUUUUCCUUUUCUUCUUCUUCUUCUUCUUUUCUUCCUUUUUCUUAUUAUUAUUCUUAUUCUUCGUUUUCUUCCACUUCUUCCUCUUCUUCUUCUUUCUCUUCCUCUUCUUCUUCUUCUUUCCUCUUCUUCUUCAUUAUUAUUAUUAUUAUUAUUAUUCCUCUUCUUCUUCUUCUUCUCCUUCUUCUUCUUCUUCUUCUCCUUCUUCUUCUUCUUCUUCUUCUUCUUCUUUACUAUAUUUUCAGCUUCAUUAUCUUCGAUGACUUCUUCCAUUCCUUUUCCUAAAUCUUUUUUCUUGUAUAUCUCUUUCAAUGUCUUCCUCUACAAGUUCCUUCUACAGUGUCUUCCUUCUUCUUCUUCUUCUUGUGCCAUAGCCCUUCAACACUCGGUUCAUCCCUCUCUCUCUCUCUCUCUCUCUCUCUCUAUCUCAGUCUGUUCAUAUCUCUCCAUCUAUCGUUCUAUCUAUAUGUCUACUGUUCAUAAUUAUUUAUCUCAUUCUGUUCAUCUCUCUCUCUAUCUCCCUCUCUAUCUAUCUAUCUAUCUAUCUAUCUAUCUAAUCACCGUCUGUUCAUAUCUAUUUAUCUCAGUCUGUUCAUAUCUAUUUGUCUUCUGUUCAUAUCUACUUAUCUCAGUCUGUUCAUAUCUAGCUGUCUGUGUGUCUAUCUAUCUAUCUAUCUAUCUAUCUAUCUAUCUAUCUAUCUAUCUAUCUGUCUGUCUGUCUGUAUCUGUCAGUCUGUUCAUAUGUAUCUAUCUCAGUCUGUUCAACCUCUCUGUAUCUAUAUAUCUCAGUCUGUUCAUAUCUAUCUAUCUAUCUAUCUAUCUAUAUCUGUCUCAGUCUGUCCAUAUAUAUCUGUCUCUGUUCAUAUCUUUCUCUAUCUAUCUAUCUUUCUAUCACAGUCUGCUCAUAUCUCUCUCUCUCUCUCUCUCUCUCUCUCUCUCUCUGUGUUCAUAUCUAUCUCUAUCUAUCUAUCUCUCUCUCUAUGUCUCUGUCUGUCUGGACAUCUCUCACUCUCUCUCUCUCGUUAACUAUCUAAGUCAGUUUAAAGAUAUGCUCCAUUAA